GUCAAGUACUGCGAACUUAAAAAUGGGAGUACUUAUUACUGCCAUUGUCGUUUCAUUGUUUUCAACUACAUUAUCUGCACCUCAACAGCCAGAAAACGACCAAUAUCAAAUAACCGAUUUAGUAACUGAACAUCCAGGCGUUGUUUCACCUUCUAACCAUUCAAGUCCACACAAUCAGUCGAUCCAAGAGCAUGUUACAGAAACAUAUGAAACAGUUCAAAAUCCAGUUGAAAUGACUAAAGAAAAAGUUACAUAUAAACAAAUAGCGGCACCAGAAGUCAGCUUCACUGUCAAAGUGUAUAAGUUCGUUGCAGAACCUUUGAUAAGAGCUGUGAGAGCUCCCAAAGUGAAUGCAGUAUUAAGGAAUAUAGGAACUUGUGUCGUGAACGGAGCUAUGGAGUUAUUCUCCUACUAUCUACCAGCUCCUUUCAUGCCUCUUAUUGCAUCAGCGGCAGGCUUAGUAAUCCCUUUUGAGCCAGUAGUUAUGUUAAAAGAGAAAAUGCCUGUGACCAGCUACAGAAGAGCUUUUCAGACAGCUAUGAGCAGUUUUUUAAGUACAUUCGACAAGUACAAAGUUGAAGAAGACUACGACCCAUAUAUGACAAGACGGUUUAAUAGAAGAUUCAUGAAUGAUGAUAAUGUGAAGAAAGGAAGGGUAACGGAAAAUCCUGACGUUUAA